AUGGCGUCAUCGGGAACGCUCGCUGGAAUCGACCAGACCACCAAGGAGCAAAUCGCGGCUGCCGCGAGCAACGUCCACGUGCCGAAGGUCGAGAUGUCGUCCAAGCCAAUCUCCCCGUGGUAUAACGUGAAGCAGGCUGGCGGCCUCACCCCGCUUGAGAUGGGAUUGAACUUCGGGCUGGUCGGCGCUAGCUGCGUCGCGGCGCAGGGAACCGUGCACUGGACGCGCACGGCGAUGGUCCAGCAGCAGUUGGCCGGCAUGCGCGGAGAGGUUCCACUCGGGAUGAUGGCACAGACUUCCGCCAUCUUCCGCUCCGAGGGGAUGCGGGGCCUGUACCGCGGCUUCUCCGCCGCUGCGUUGCGCGAGGCGACGUACAGUAGCCUGCGUUUUGGCCUGUACGAGCCGCUCAAGGUGAUGAUGGACACCAGCGACGGCAAAGAGGAACUCGCUGUGUGGAAAAAGGUCACUGCGGGGCUCGUCGCGGGCGCUGGCGCGGCUGCCAUCGCGUCUCCCUCCGACCUCAUCAUGAUCCAGAUGGCGGCGAGCAAGCAGUUCCCACCGCCGUCCAUGUACCAGGUGGCGAGUCAGGUGAUCGCCAAGGAUGGCAUCGCGGGCCUGUACAAGGGAAUCGGCACGACUGUGACGCGGGCAGCGGUGCUCGGCGCCACGAAGAUGGCCACCUACGACGUCGUCAAGACGGAGCUCAGGAAGAACGGUUGGGCGGAGGGUCCCGGUUUGGUGUUCGCCGCAUCCGUCGUGACUGGCCUCGCAAUCACCAUCACAACCUCGCCGGCUACGAACAUGCAGACGAUCAUCAUGAGUGGGAACGCGGCGGGAGGUGGGAGCGGGAUGUUGUCGGCUGCCCAGGACAUCUUGCGGCGCCAGGGUCCGGUGGGUUUCUUCCGAGGCUUUGGCAUGCAGUGGGCCAGGUUCGGGCCGUACGCGGUGGUGCAGUUCGCGGUGUGGGAGAACCUGAGGAAGGCAUGCGGCAUCGGAGCCAUCUGA